UGAGCUCCAAAAUGGGCAGAAUCAUCUUCUACGAGGACAGGAACUUCCAGGGUCGUUCCUAUGAGACCAGCAACGACUGUGCAGAGCUGACCUCCUACCUGAGCCGCUGCAGCUCCUGCAAGGUGGAGAGCGGCUGCUUCAUGGUCUAUGAACGUCCAAACUACAUGGGCCACCAGGUGCUGGUGAAGAGAGGAGAGUACCCCGACAACCAGCGUCUGAUGGGAAUUAGCAUGAGUGACUGCAUCCGUUCCAGCCGCAUGAUCCCCAUACACAGAGGUCAGUUCAGGAUGAGGAUCUAUGAGAGGGAGAACUUCGGAGGUCAGAUGCAUGAGCUGGUGGAGGACUGCGACUCCCUUCAGGAACGUUACCGCUUGUCCGACUGCCAGUCUGCCCAUGUGAUGGACGGCCACUGGCUGAUGUACGAGCAGCCCCACUACAGAGGCAGGAUGGUGUACCUGAGGCCUGGAGAGUACAGGAGCAUGAGAGACAUGGGAUUGGGCCCCUUGGACAUGAGGAUCGGAUCCAUCAGGCGCAUCAUGGACUUGUGUUAG